GAAAACCAGUCCCCGACGCAUGGGUCGUACUUAUGACAGUUGCGACGACUCCCUGGAUGUCCCAGGAAGGGGCCCAGGGGGUCAGUGGGCUACCAGCGGCGCCGCAAGCGGGCCCACGAUCGCUCCGGCUUCAGCACCGGGAGACGCGACGGGCCGGGCACCACCCACACCACGCCCGCCACCAUGCGCACCUCCCGCCCCAUCCCCUCCCUCGCCGAGUCCAUCACCACCCCCUCCAACUCCUGCCACCUGCCGCUCGAGGGCGACCCGGACACCCCGUCGGACAGCGCGGUGCCCCUCCACAAGGUGGUCCCGCACUGCCUCAGACAGUGCAGCCACACGAGUCUGCCGGAGUCGCAGCUGGAGUGUGCCAAGGCUCGCAUGUACGACUCUGAGGCGGAGUGCAAUCAGGAGUGUCAGCUGCAGAGCUGUUGUCACCGUCAGGACGACUCCACCUCCGCGGCGGAGAGUCUGACAGCGACAGCCGCCAUUUGUUCCCACAGAAAGGAGGAACAAAGUAUACUCCUGAAAAACCUCAAGCCUCAGCGGUCGUACUCGCUCCGCCUGGGCAAGAGACUGACGUCAAAGAGCCAACAGGAGCAAGAUACGAGCUUCAGCAACGGCCCCACGACGACCCAGGGGCCGUGCGUCACCUGCCAAUAUAAAAAGGCUUCCCAGCAAGACGCUGACGACGCGGCGCCGAGGACCGCCCUGUCUCAGAGCGGCUCCGGCUUGGAAGCCUCCGCCGAGAGCUCGGGCAGCACGCAGUACGCCUCGUGUUCGCUCGAGCCGACGCAGAGGUCGUCGGUGAAGCGGUUUCGGAGAAGGCUGACCUCGGAGUCGUCCUCGGACUCGGGCUGCACCGACACUCGCUCCGAACUAGAGGAGGUGAUCAUGACGACCGCGUGCUAGUGGUCGUCGAGAAGCGCGCCGUAAAAGCGAUGAGGAUAAGGACUUCCGGGUAGCAUGCCCAGGGACACGCAGGUGUUAGUGCAGGUAGAUGAAACACUGGGGGACACUACCCGCCUACCACCUCGGCCCUGAGGUCUUCGUCGGCGUCACUUCUUAUCAACAUUCCUUUUCUAAGAGACAUAUUUUUCACAACCGUCUUGUAGGUGGAAAAGCGUUAUCACAAAAAGAUAAUUAUACAUAUAUAACUGUUUAAAAACUUUUAAAAUGUAUAGUUUAUACUGGAAGUUAUAAGUAACGGAUCGAUCAAGCCUAGAUAUAGUCGAUGCCGUCUGUGUAUAUUCUAUGAUUCUAUAAUUCUGUCCCUGCGUUGGCUGGUUUUGCCAUAUUGCAAGAAAAAAAACAAUACUUCUGCCGUGAAUAUGUUAAGGGCAUUUACGCAGUACUCAGUGAUGUUAAAUGUUUAAGAAUGUUUAUUACAACCUCCAUUUUAAUGUGUUCACUUUAACCUAUAAAUUUCUUUAAUCUCUAAGAAAAAUACUCGUUACUUUCCGGGGUGCAUGAAGUCAAUGUAAGCUUUAGUGAAGUUUGAAGUGUCACCAUCUGCUUUAUCUUUCAGGAAUAGUGUUUCCCAAGCCAAGUUUCGCCAUAGCUGCUCCAAAUAUAGCGAACAUGCACCGGGUUUGUUCCCUUCAUGUGUUCGACAGACCUCCCUUGCUCUGCACUCGUUCGACUAACGUAAAGACAGGCGAUUCUCCAUGAAGUUAAUCACCACCUGCCUACUAUACGUGUGCAGAAUUUACAAUACAAUUAAUCCCAUCUGCAUCAAGUAAAUGUUCAGAAUCCCCUUACCGAACAUUGCUUACACCGUGUACAGAGUAAGCGCUUUAAACUGACUCUACUUGUACGUUUCAUCAUAACCAAUUCUGAAAGCUUAAAGAAAGAUGUUUCGAGAAGGACGCACGCUAGCGCAAGGCUCAAGAGUGCGUAUACUCUAUCAGCCGAUGACACUUUACAGUGACCCACAAAUGUAUUAAUAAGGAAACAGUAUUAGGUAAUCAUAACGCAUCAGCUCUCUAAUGUGAUAUCUUACCUCAUUCCUUUUGAGCAUAUCCUAAGUAUAUAGCAGCAUUAAAUUAAACAUAUAUGUAUAUUUGUGUU